AUGGAUAUUCCCACGCCCGAGCCGCGAGAUGGCACCGACGCGGUGCAGGAGCUCUUGCCGAAGACGAAUGCCGAGCAAGCCCCAGAGGCAGAACAACCUGCUGCAGACAUCAACGACGAGGGGACUCAAAAUGGACCGCUGCAAGUCACGGAGGCGGACAUCUGCAGGCCAGAACGACAAGGAAAGCAAGCGGAAAGGAAGCCCGGCAAAGAGAACUGCAGCAGCCGCGCCAACGCGUCUCCGCCUCAGCCGACACGUUCAAGCUCGGCACCUCCGACACGAGCCACCGAACCUGCCGUGACGCAGCUCGACGGCAGCGAAGAGGUCGCCGACACAUCAAUGAUACUGACCAGACCGAACUCGCAUCCUAUGAAAGACGACCGAAUCAUGUCGCUGAGCCAAGCGACCUUGGACAGACUGCUGACAGGAACGCAGAGUACGGUCAUGCACGGGCGACGCUCCAAAACCGGCCCCGUUUGGCUAGCAAGCCAAGGGGUCAUCCACGGGUACGGCGACAUCGCGAGCGCGGAGGAAAUGACCCCCGACGAGAUCAACGCACAGCGCGUCGAGGGCUGGCACCACGGCAAGGCGCACAAGAAGAGCUAUGGGAUUCGCAUCCACGCGAUCAGACGCAUAGAACCUCUCGUCCCCUACUUCCGACCACCGCGCCAAUCCAAAUGGGACAGGUACAUCCCCAUGCCAAAGAAGAGAAGUCGAAGUCCAUCCUCGGAAGGGGCAAGCGGAGCCGACGUGCACAGUGAACGCAAAGAUCGCAAAGUCCACGAGAAGGAGCAUAAGGACGCAGCCACACAGUCCGAGGACUCCGGCAGGGUCGCGAGCGAAGCAGCACGCUCCCCUUGA